GGGAAAAUAAUACGCUGGAGCACGUCUUCCUCUUUCGGCUCCCCGUCUGACCAACCGCCGUUUAAUUUCCUCGCCGAUCUCUUUUAGGUCUUCUCUUUUUCAAUUUUGGUCCGAAGUUUACCUGCGAAUUUGUCAAUCCUUGAGGUUAAAUGGAGCCUCUUUUGAACUUGAAUGAACCAGCUGUGGAUGGGGAAAUUGCUAGCUAUGUAAUGCUUCAGAAAGAUGACAAACCAAUAUGCAGGACAACCUGCAUCAAUCUUCCAUUUGAACCCCCUGCAUGUUGGUCAAUAUCUGGAUUUCAAUCUAGCAAAAUCUAUUUGCAGUCGGAGUUACCACAAUGUCGGUUGUACCCGGAACCUGAAAACUACAAUCAAAGGAGAGAGUGGGGUCGUUUCUUACAAUUCCUUUGGAAGAACAAUGUGGUUGCGAUUGUAAAAUUUGAUAUAUGUGAGUUUUACAUACUGGCCUCAAAUGAAUCUCCUCAAUUCACACAUGCUGUUGUUCCAUACUACAUGCGGAAGGGGCAUAUUAAAUCUCAUGGACUGGUGAGAAACUCAGGAAUUUGUCAACGUGAGCUUAAGAGUAGCAUUCAUUCAGAAAAUCAACAAAAAUUCUGUUCACAGUUCGGAGAAGGCAUUGAUCAUUCCCAAGGUAGACGAAGUAGGGCUGCAGAUAGGUUGCCUCCUGUUGUCUCAGAUAAGAAGGUAAAUAGUUCCCAUGAGUUGAAGGUUCCCUUGCCUACUAGAGAUUCUAGCAGAAGCUUCACGGAAGCUCUAUCAGUGCCCAUUAAACCAGUGAAGAGUGUCCACAAGAAUUUUGUUAGAACAGAUCCUAGUUAUUUGAGAACUUUAAGCCAGACUCAUGCUGGGUGGAUAUUUGGUGCAAUGGCUGAGCUUGUUGAUAAUUCAAAAGAUGCCGGUGCAAAGAGGUUAGACAUAUCUAUCACAAACCUUUAUUCUAAGAAAGAUGAAAAGAGAAUUCCUGUGUUGUCAGUUAUUGAUGAUGGACAUGGUAUGCAUCAUACUGACAUUGUGAGAAUGGUAUCAUUUGGUCACAAACUUCCAAAUGAAGGAAAGCAAGAUCACAUUGGUAGAUUUGGUAUCGGAUUUAAGACAGGAGCUAUGAAACUUGGAAGAGAUGUGCUUGUUCUUACCCAAACUUCCACCUCAAGAUCUGUUGCCUUCUUAUCUGAGUCAUUCAAUAAAGACAAAGAAAACCUUGAAAUUCCUCUCAUUACAUACUGCAAGAAGGGGCAUUAUAUGGAAGUGGAUCUAAAUAUCCAGUCAGAUGCAACUGCAGAGUAUAAUUUGAAUGCUAUUAAGGAGUUUUCUCCUUUUAACGAGUAUUUUAUUGGAGAAAAAUUAGGAUCCUUCGGUGAGUUUGGUACUGGAACACAAAUUUACAUCUGGAACUUAGACAGGUGGGGUUCAGAGUCAUCAGACUAUACUCUGGAAUGGGAUGAUGCAGAAACCAAUAAAAGUUCUCAAGGAUUCCAAAGCAACAUUUGGAUUCGGUCUAGAAGAGUGAGAUCACGCCCUGGACAAAUAAGCCGUGAGGUGCCUUUGGACUAUUCGCUUCAUGCUUACUUGGAGGUUAUUUUCUUAGAUCCGAGGAUGAAGAUAUAUAUCCAAGGUUCACUGGUCAAAAGCCGACCUUUGGCAAAAUCUUUGAAUAAAACUUUUGUAGUUCAAGGUAAUGUAAAGGAUGUUGCUCUUCAGCUCACACUUGGCCGGAGUCAAGUGGAAUGGGAAAGAUUGAACUGUGGAAUAUUUUUAUAUUGGCAUGGCCGACUAAUUGAGGCUUAUAAGCGAGUUGGAAGCAUGGUGCAUAAUGCAGAUAUUGGCCGUGGUGUUAUAGGGGUUAUAGAUGUAACAGAUUUAGUGGAUGAGAACCGUGAUCAAGUCUGGGUGCUCAACAACAAGCAAGGAUUUCAAGACUGUGAAGCAUAUGCUGAAUUGGAGGAUUGGUUGGGCGUAAAUGCAACCAAAUAUUGGGAUGACAACUUUGAUAGAAUCGAUUUGAAAAAGGGUGGUGGUAAAUAUGAGCCUGACCAUGAAUGGGUACAGUGUGACAAAUGUCGCAAAUGGAGGAUACUGCCAUGUGGGUUUGAUGCUACAAGUUUGCCUCCAGAAUGGUUUUGCUGCAUGCCACCAUUUAAAGGACUAUGUGAUGCUCCUGAGGAGCAUAUGGACCGUGGAGUUAUCGCAGUAUCUUUAAAAAGAUCUGGUUAUGGCACUGAAACAUUAACAGCUGAGUGCAAUAAAUCAAAACCUAAGAAGUCCAAGAGCACUCCAGUUGUGAGUCAUGAAAUAUCAAAGAGGACUGAAGGUGAUGUAAAGAGGAAGCCCAGGAAUUAUCACAGAGGUGAUAGCGGGGAGGAUUCAACUGAAACUGAGGAUGAAACUUAUCGGCCUGUCUUGAAACGGAUAAGAAGAGGGCCGCCGAGGAGUUGUAAACCGUCGUGAUGACUCACUGUAACAUGUCAACGUCUUGCAUCACUAGUCAUGACAACCGCCAUUGGUCUCUAUGGUGGCAAGGCUUUGGCAAAGAAAAGCUUAGCAAGUGCUUCUUCUCACAACUCGGGUGACGGAGCAUUGCCUGUAGUCCUUGUCCCUUGAGUCAGUCCUCUGGGACACUAAUUCUGUGAAUAUGAACAACUACGUAACCCGUUUUAAAAGAAACCGUCUCCUAUGUAGGAGGAUGUUUUGAAGAUAUUAAUUUGAGAUCCAUAAUAAGAGGUGUUCCACAAAAAAAACAUGGUAAUUUUAUUA